CGACCAUCAUUCAGUUUUCUGCUAGCGUGAAGAACGGUAGUGAAUUCAUCGGAGCUCUGAGCGAAAAAGUGCGUAGUUUUAUUCCUGCUGUGAAAAAGAUUUCCAACGAAAAGUUUGCAAAUAUUGUGUGAAUAUCUUCCUUCAAAAGUAUCGAUAGAGGAUGCAGAUCUUCGUGAAGACCUUGACUGGCAAGACCAUCACUCUGGAGGUCGAGCCAUCGGACACCAUCGAAAACGUUAAGGCCAAGAUCCAGGACAAGGAAGGUAUUCCUCCAGAUCAACAGCGUCUGAUUUUCGCCGGUAAACAGCUAGAAGAUGGUCGUACUCUAUCCGAUUACAACAUUCAAAAGGAGUCUACCCUUCACUUGGUCCUGCGUCUGCGUGGUGGUAUGCAGAUCUUCGUGAAGACCCUGACUGGCAAGACCAUCACUCUGGAGGUCGAGCCUUCGGACACAAUCGAAAACGUUAAGGCCAAGAUCCAGGACAAGGAAGGCAUCCCUCCAGAUCAACAACGUCUGAUCUUCGCUGGUAAGCAGCUCGAGGACGGCCGUACUCUGUCUGACUACAACAUCCAGAAGGAAUCUACCCUUCAUCUGGUUCUGCGUCUGCGUGGUGGUAUGCAGAUCUUCGUGAAGACCUUGACUGGCAAGACCAUCACCUUGGAGGUCGAGCCUUCGGACACCAUCGAGAACGUCAAGGCCAAGAUCCAGGACAAGGAAGGUAUUCCUCCAGAUCAACAGCGUCUGAUUUUCGCCGGUAAACAGCUAGAAGAUGGUCGUACUCUAUCCGAUUACAACAUUCAAAAGGAGUCUACCCUUCACUUGGUCCUGCGUCUGCGUGGUGGUAUGCAGAUCUUCGUGAAGACCCUGACUGGCAAGACCAUCACUCUGGAGGUCGAGCCUUCGGACACAAUCGAAAACGUUAAGGCCAAGAUCCAGGACAAGGAGGGCAUCCCUCCAGAUCAACAGCGUCUGAUCUUUGCCGGUAAGCAGCUCGAGGAUGGUCGUACUCUGUCAGACUACAACAUCCAGAAGGAAUCUACUCUUCAUCUGGUCCUGCGUCUGCGUGGUGGUAUGCAGAUCUUCGUGAAGACCUUGACUGGUAAGACCAUCACUCUGGAGGUCGAGCCUUCGGACACAAUCGAAAACGUUAAGGCCAAGAUCCAGGACAAGGAAGGCAUCCCUCCAGAUCAACAACGUCUGAUCUUCGCUGGUAAGCAGCUCGAGGACGGCCGUACUCUGUCUGACUACAACAUCCAGAAGGAAUCUACCCUUCAUCUGGUUCUGCGUCUGCGUGGUGGUAUGCAGAUCUUCGUGAAGACCUUGACUGGCAAGACCAUCACCUUGGAGGUCGAGCCUUCGGACACCAUCGAGAACGUCAAGGCCAAGAUCCAGGACAAGGAAGGUAUUCCUCCAGAUCAACAGCGUCUGAUUUUCGCCGGUAAACAGCUAGAAGAUGGUCGUACUCUAUCCGAUUACAACAUUCAAAAGGAGUCUACCCUUCACUUGGUCCUUCGUCUACGCGGUGGAAACUGAAUCACAUCACCGAGUACUUACGAUCAAAUUAAAUAUAAAUGAUCUUCUCUUGAAAUUUCUUUUGAUAGUAUUUUCAAUCCCUCUUAUGCUCUCCGCGAAACUGCGUGUAAUGAGAAAAACAUAGAAAGCACAUAAAAUCCUAAAACGUACUUUUCACAUGUUGUAGCAUCUUCAUUGACGUAGUGCUUUCUUUCCUGUAACUAAUCUGAGGAUCACAAUAAAUAAAACACCAUUAAAAUGCA